CACACAGCGGAUACGCAUGCGCAAACGUUUUGUGUUUUAUGGGCGUUAGCGCUUCGCUUUCGCUACCGUUUCUGCAUCUUUUUUCUGUUCUUCUUCAAAAGUUCAAGAAGUUCGCAGGAAUGGCGGAUGCCUCACCAAACGAGAUCCUGGACCUUGAACAAGAGCCGCAGCGACCUAUCACCGCCGGCUCCUACUCAGAGAAGCGGGCGGAGUUCCGGCAGCAUCGCGGAGUUUUCUCACUCCUUGCCGCACACCCUGAAACAAGACCCACCCCAAAAAAGACGACGGGAAAAGAGGAUGCCGAGUGGGUCAAAGUCCAGAUGAACACCUUUAUGAAGUGGGCCAACAGCAUCCUGCAAAAGGGUGGGCAUCCUCCGAUGACCAACUUGAUAGAGGACAUGAAAGAUGGAGUGGUGCUCAUUUCUCUAUUGGAAAUCCUCACUGGCAAAGAAAUCGGAAUGAAGUACCACAAGCAGCCAAAGACGCGAGUGCAGAUGGUAGACAAUCUGCAGGUGGCUUUCAAGUUCAUGGAAGCUGAAAAAUUGGAGCACACUUCAAUGAAUCCAAACGACAUUGUGGACGGAAACCUAAAGCUCCUGCUGGGGAUUCUGUGGAGGUUCAUCUUCAAGUACCAGAUCUCAGGGAACCUUCACAAGCCACGCCUCUCCAGACCCAAUUCUGAUUGGAGCGACGGUGUGAAGCUCUCGGCACUGGUCAACUACUGCAAGCCGGGCCUCAUCCCUAACUGGGACCAGAAAGAUCCACAGAAUGCCUUUGAGAACAUCCACAACGCAAUCUCCCUUGCACACGAGCACUUUACCAUUCCCGAAGUCCUCCACGCAGAGGACCUGGCUGUGGAAAAGCCAGACAGACAGGCUGCCAUGACCUACCUCAGCUAUUUCUGCUGCCCUGGAUCCCCUGGGGAGAAAGUCCUCAUGGAAUGGAUCGAGCUGGUCAUCCCUGAGGUGAAGAUCACAAACUUCACCAGCGACUGGAAAGACGGAGAAUCCCUCUGUGCACUCGUCUCGGCCUUUGCUCCCAGUGCAAUCUCUCGAGAGGCCCUAGAGGGUAAGAGCAACGUCGAGAUCACUCGUGCAGCGAUGGAGGCAGCGAAAGAGCAGUUCAACAUCAGCUGCCUCUCCUCCCCCGAGGAAUUCACCUCUCCCACGUGCGAUCAGCUGUCGGUGAUGGUGUACCUCUCCCACUUUCGAUUCAUCAAGGAGGAGAGGAGGAAGCUUCCCUACCUGUCCGCACUAGGUUCCGGUAUCACGGGGACUGAGAUAGGGACCGAGGCUCAGCUUCAAAUUGAGGGGGAGAUGCUGGACGGAAGCAUCGUGGAAGUGAGGGUCCAGAGCCCCGAUUUGGGCGAGGUGGAAGUACACGAGAUCCCCGUUCGUUCGGGGACUCCAGGGUUUCAGUAUCGACCUACAGUCCCCGGAACCUACACGGUCGAAGUCAAGUAUUCCGGGGAGCAUGUGAAGGGUUCACCGUACAAAGUUCGCCAUCUUCCACCUCUUGAUUCCGUGACGGGCGGUCGCGGUCUCCAUCGAGCCUGCGUCGGGAGACAGGCUGAGUUCACGGUCGACGUUUCGAAUCUCGGAGAGGGGGUCCUGAACUUCAGGAUUCUGGAUCCAGACGAUAUGCCGCUUGACAACGUACACAUGACGGAAGCGACUGCAGAGUACACGGUGACCUACACUCCUUGGAGAAGCGGGGAUCACAAGAUUCAGCUUGAAUGGGACUGCACACCAGUGACAGACGAAAUCGACGUGGACGAAUCCUUCAACACCCUCGAGUGCACCUACACAGUGUCUGUGUUCGACAUUUCCAAGUGCGUCGUGAGAGGCAGCUGGGCUCUCGGAGGCAAUUAUUGGGGAGCUCGCCUCGUUUGA